CGAAUGCAGAGGAUUCCAGAAAAAUGGAGACCAGCUUCAAUAAAAACCAAAGCUGGCAGUUUUUGGCAGUAGGAGUUACUUGAACUCAUCAAUGGCCAGCUUCGUCUCCAUUGGCUUCUUUUCGACGCCGCUCUCUGCUCCGAGAAAUUCAACCCAGGAGAUGUGCUGCAGAUCAAAUAUGGGGAGACUUUCAAGUCAUGCUACUUUUCCAAAAGCACCAAAGCUUCUAGCGUCUUGGCGCUCAUCGAGAGGCACGUCCUCUGUGAAUCAAUGGCAUAGAGAUCAUUCAGCUAUACCAUCAAGAAAUCUUGUUGACGCCAUUUCCUGUGGCUUUGGUGUUGAUUCUUGUACCGAUAGGGUGAUAGCUGGUUUUUGGGUGGGUCCAGAUAUUGACGAUGGUUGGGGAUUUGUGGAAGCCUUUAUCAAUCAAACAUUGUGAUAGUGGUUUGAUUAUGGUUCUCUUCAUUUUUCAUCGUUCCAUUAUUCAACGAUUAUGUUGAUAA